CUCUUCCACAAAGCCUCUUGAUCUUUGGGUCUAUGCAGUAGUAUGCAAACAGUAAUCAUUAAUAAGAAUAUAUGUUCAUGUGUACAGCCUGAUAAUCCAUAUGAUAUUUUGGCACUGGUGAUUUUUCAACAAAUCCGUGCUGAUUUUGCUUUUAGUACAUUUUGCCAUUUCUUCUAAACCACAGAACAAGAUUCUGUUAAAUAUUUUCAAAUCUGCUCCUCCCUUUGGAGUGUCAUUAUCUCAGUUUAAAAGGAGCAAGCAGUUGGGAGGGACUGUUGCUCAAGACGUGAUCUCCACCCUUGAUGCAAAUUUAAGUGGGGAAGAGACAAAGUAGUAUACUCGUUUGUGCUGUUGCCUGAUCGUCUGCAGACUUCUCAGACCAUGGCAAAGAGAGUAGCAAUCGUAGGAGGUGGCUCCAGUGGACUUUGCAACAUCAAAUGCUGUUUGGAUGAAGGUCUGGAGCCUGUGUGCUUUGAAAGCAGUGAUGAUAUAGGGGGGCUCUGGAGGUUCAAGGAGGAUCCUGAGAAAGAUCGGGCUAGCAUUUACAGAUCUGUGAUCAUCAACACCUCUAAGGAGAUGAUGUGCUUCAGUGAUUUUCCCAUACCAGCUGACUUUCCCAACUACAUGCAUAAUAGCAAGAUCAUGGACUAUUUUCGGAUGUAUGCCAAGCACUUUGAUCUUCUGAAGUACAUCCGCUUCAGGACUAAAGUGUGCAGCAUAACAAAACAUGCCGACUACUCUCAAAAUGGCCAGUGGGAUGUUGUCACAGAGACUGAUGGAAAACAAGACUCAUCGGUCUUUGAUGCGGUCCUGAUUUGUACUGGGCACCACACCAAUCCACAGCUGCCACUGGACUCCUUCCCAGGGAUUACAAAAUUCAAAGGUCGCUACUUGCACAGUCGUGAUUACAAGAGUCCUGAUGAAUUUACGGACAAAAGAGUCAUCGUGAUUGGGAUUGGGAACUCAGGUGGCGACCUUGCAGUGGAGAUAAGCCGCAAAGCAAAACAGGUCUUCCUCAGCACCCGCCGAGGAGCAUGGAUUAUCAAUCGUGUUGGUGACAAAGGCUACCCAGCAGAUGUGGUGCUUACCACCCGAUUUAAUGUGUUCCUGAAGGAGUUGGUCACCACAUCUAUGUUAAAUGGUUGGAUAGAGAACAGACUGGAUUCUAGAUUUAGUCAUUCUCAUUAUGGGUUGAAACCUAAACACAGGUUUUUCAGCCAGCAUCCAACCAUAAAUGAUGACCUCCCGAACUGCAUAAUUUCAGGGAGAGUUCUAGUGAAACCGAACAUCUGCAAAUUUACAGAAACUGCUGCCAUCUUUGAAGAUGGCUCUAAAGAAGAUGAUAUAGAUUUUGUUGUCUUUGCAACAGGAUACAGUUUCUCAUUUCCGUUCCUUGGGGACUGUGUGAGAGUUGUUGAUAAUCAGGUCUCCUUAUAUAAGUAUGUCUUCCCUCCUCAACUGGAAAAGCCCACCCUGGCUAUAAUUGGUCUCAUCCAACCGCUGGGUGCUAUCAUGCCCCUUGCAGAAAUUCAGGCCCGCUGGGCUACACGUGUAUUUAAGGGACUUGUUAAGCUUCCAUCAGAAAGUGAGAUGAUGGCAGACAUUGCCAUGAAGCAAGAAUCCAUAGCUAAGAGGUAUGUGAAAAGCCAACGCCAUACCAUCCAAGUGGACUAUAUUGAGUAUAUGGAUGAACUGGCCUGUCUGAUUGGUGUGAAGCCCAAUGUGUGGUCUCUGUUGCUCACAGACCCCAAGCUGGCCUUGCAGGUUAUAUUUGGGCCUUGCACCCCAUAUCAGUAUCGCUUGCAAGGGCCAGGGCAAUGGGAUGGAGCCAGGAAAGCUAUCUUGACACAGCAUGACCGGGUUUUGAAACCUCUGGCGACUAGGCAGACCGACAACUCAGAGCGCAGUGCCGGGGUGCCUCUUUUGUUAAAGCUGAUUGGCCUUGUUGCUCUCUUUGCUGCAGUUCUGGUAUUUUUCUAAGUGCUAAAAAUUCAAAUUGUUAAAUGUCAGGUGGAAUUAGACUGAUUUUUAAAAAAACUAUAUCAAGAGGAAGGGGGAUCUCUAGCCCACAAGGUGAACCUGGCCCAUUAGACCACACCAUCUGGCCCACACAGCCACAUAUGCUUGUGUCUGAGAGUGUUCCUCAAAUUUGCAGUUCACUUCCCUUGCCUUCCUUCUGUGGGAAGGAAGGCAAGGGAAGAAUUAAGCUUAUCUCACAUUCUUCCAGUGAUUUGGGCAGCCGCUGAGUCUACCUCCCUCCUCUCAUGCAUUUGCUGUGCUGAGAAGGCAUGGGAGGUUCUAAACAUUUUUUAAAAUUUCACCAAUGAUGAAGGAGUUGCUUCUCAAAUACUGGCUGAGUUUGCUUCAGUUGCCACUUUAUGACUCUCGGAUGACGAGAAGCACUGAAGCAGCCGUGCUUUACUCCAUAGAUUUCCUGCUGUAGGGCAAAGCAUGGAUUGCCAUGUGCCUCCCUUUACAUACAGAAAGACACAGUCCCUUUUUAAAAUGUGAGCUCUUGUAGACAAGUCCAGGAAAACUCACAUUUUCUGCUAAAAACUCACAUUAAUAUCUUAAUAUGCCCCACAUUUUUAUCUUUUAUUUUUAUUUUGUUUUCAUCUAUAAAGCUGAGUUUUUUAAUAAAUACUUCACAUUUGAUAAUCUGUUGAAGUGCCAAGCUGCUACAGAUUUCAUCUUAGAUCUCUGAUACUGCUUUCUAUUUCUCUAAAUAAUUUAUUUUGUGAAGAAACAAUAUAAUUUGUGUUAUUUGUUAGUUUUUAGAAUUAAAGAAUUCAAGAUAAAGAGUAGUCAUAUUUUUCUACACCGUGCUAUAAAUUUUGCAGGGUUUCUUUUUGUAGUUAAUUUUUUUUUAAAUUGUCAGUCCUUGUGCCUUAGGAAUACACAGUUGAGAUUAAUAUAAUACACUCUGAAUCAGGAUUGCCUCCAAAAAGCCUUCAAAAACUUCAGGUAUUUUUCCAAAGGAUUUCAAAAGAGCUGUUGACCAAUACAUGACCUCCUUGCUUGCUACCAUGACUGCUACUCUGUUUUUGGCACAGUGCAAAGUGCCGGUUAUCAUGUGUAAAGCCCAUUAGAGCUUGGACCCAGGAGAUCUGAACAUCCAGGCUCUCUCUAAUCAUAGUCUUUUCUCUUGGUCCUCCACUCAAGCAUGUUUGUUGGGCACUUGAAAGGGUCUGCUCGGUGGCUACUCGGACUGCAGAAAUCUCUGCCAAAAGAGUCUAUGCUGGUCUCCUCUCUAGUAUCUUUCAAUUGGCAGGCAAAGAAGGCUUUCAGCAACCAUGUCUGCUAAAAAGAGGCCUUUUAUCAGACUGAUACUGUACCUUUAAAAAUGUACUUUUAAGUUACUUUUAAUACUGCAAUUGUUUUAAUACUACAGUUUUUAAAAUUGUGUUUUAGCAUUAUUUUUUGUCUUGUACUGCUCUUGUCUGUACAUAGGGAUAAUUAGGUUAACUAGGAUAACUGUAGAUAACUAGGAAUUCAAGAAUAAUGGGGGUUGAAUGGGACCUAUAAAGCCAUUAAGUGCUAAACCCUGCCCAAUACAGGAAUCCAGGUUAAAGUAAAUCUGACAGAUGUCUGUCUUGUACUGCUCUUGUCUGUACAUACUUUUAAGCUUAUCAGAUGUGCUGAAACCCAGUGUUGGGAGAAAGGUGUGAUAUAGAUGAAAUAAAUUUAAAUAAAUUCAUAAAAUAAAUAAGCAUUAAAAUAAUGCCGGACUAUUUUGCUUCAUUGGUACCAUCUUGUUUCCUUUGAACAUGCAUUUCAGAGCUUUGGGCAAAAUCCAUCCAUUAAAGUGUGGCUACAGCAAACAUGUCACUCAAAACGUCUCUGGAAACCAAUUUUUUUUUCUGGAAAUGGAGUGAUUAUAUUCAGAUGGGUGAUAUGGUUGGCUACUGAUAGACAAUGGAGUGCAUUUACUUCCAGGCUUUGGGCUUUGCCAACCUACAUAGCAC